AUGGAUAAUUUGCGGUGUCCAGAAUAUUUGUCAGAGUCGCCAUCUACGUCAUCGACCCUGAAUGGUCCAACAGCAGCUUUGCUCGUUUCACAGAAUCGAAGACGAUCUGCAAAACUAACUGAACAGAAUCGUAAUCGAAACUAUGAUGUCACGAGGCUGGUUCUUGGGCAGUUGCCGACUAACAGAAAAAGACCUGCUCCUGCAGAAAAACUGAACAACUCACAGUUUCCUUGCGUUCCACCAUUAAAAGAUAAAGCGAUACAUCAGGAUAAUCGUUGCUUGGAUAGUUUGUUUAACUCGCAAGACAGCCCACGAGGAAACUAUUUUGCGAAUUUACAACAAAACUUAAUUCCCAAAAAUCGGCAGCAAGCAAUGGAAUGGCUUUAUGAUGUAUGCGAAGAGGAAAAAUGUGAACCGGAUGUAUUUCCCUUGGCUGUUUCUUAUGUGGAUCGCUUUUUGAGUGUCCAACCUAUAUGUCGUGAGGAUUUGCAAGUUUUGGCCAGCGUGUGUCUUUUUAUAGCUAGUAAAGUCAAAGCCCCUCAACCACUGAAUGCUAAAAGGAUUGCGUAUUAUACGGAUGGAGGAGUAGAGUGUAAAGAAAUUUUGGAUUGGGAACUUCUCGUGCUCACGAAGCUGAAUUGGGAUGUUUCAACUGUGACAGCACUGGAUUUCCUUGAUCAGGUGUCCGCUCGUUAUACUUCCUUGCAGCACUUGAAUGUGGCCUGUCGGAAUGCUGUACAUCGUAUUCAAUUAGUGCUUGCAUACUCUACAGACUUUGCAGAACUUGCUAGCCACUGGCACUUAUUUGAUGGAAAAAGUUGUUUGGAUUUUAAUUUGAUAGUAUAUUAG